ACCACCAACAACACAUACAUCAGCUUCACAGCGUUCUACCACUCGCACUCACAUUAUCAUCUACCCAACCGACUACCUCACUUAAGCACUCAACUCACCCACCCAUCACAUCAUCUAUCAUGUCUUUCGUCGGUGCUCAACGUACUCUCAUGCGCUCUUCCAUCCUCCGGUCGAGUCGCUUCGCAUCACCCACUCUUCGGACGAUCCACACUGGUCCCGUCCCAUUCAAGAUGCCCGAGAACGGUUCUUCAAAAACUGCUCUCAAGGUUAAGGCCCUGACCUUCCUCGGUCUCGGUCUCACCGCACCAUGGCUCGUCGCCUUCUUCCAACUCACCCCAAAUGUUCUUCGUAACGCAGUCACCACGGGACCAAGAAUGCAGCCUCGUGGUAAGCUCGGACAGGCUGUGUCGUCUGUCUCCUCGAGACUCGCCAAGUUUUCGCCGAGUUUCGCCUGGAUCUCCUCAAUCUCUUCGUCUCAGCCAUCGUUUGAGAGCUGGAGAUAUGCUUUUGCGGAUACCGGGUUUUGA